AUGCGGGGCCGGACCCUGGACCCUCGGACCAUCUACCCAGUGCUGCCGAGACUCCGUGCUCUCCUGCCUGUGUCCUGUGGGAGGCGACUUCACUACAAAAGCUACAGCCAGGGCCCCUCUGUGGACACCUCGGGGUCCCUGGAGAAGAUGAGCAAUGGGACGCUGAAGGGCUGCGGCGACAAGGAGGCCGUGGCCGUGCCUGAGGAGGGCCCAGUCUGCCAGGGCAGCAGCCCCACCUUCACCCUCCAGGAGACCUCACUCAAGCCCCAGGCCUCCGGCCACACUCUGCCAGGCACUCCGCUGACCCCAAGCUCUUUGUCCUCAAAGACCAAGACCGAUUCACUGUGCCUGCCCGAGGCGGAGGGCAAAGCUGUCACACACAGGGCCGUGGGGCGAGGGGGGAUCUGUCCUUGA